CCGCCCCCCCGCCCUGGCCGGCCCCGCGGCGCGGGCGCCAUGGUGGACGUCAGCAAGUGGCCGCUGUUCAGCCUGCUGAGCGCCAAGGAGACGGCCGCCGUGAGGCAGGCCUGCGUGUUCGGGAACUCGGCCAACGAGGCGCUCUACGUCACCCAUAGCAACGAGUUUGCGGUGAUAGGUCUGAACUGCAGUAACUGUCUGGGCACCGGGGACAGCCUCAGCACCAUCGCCCCCCGAGCCCUGGACGCCCUGAGGGGCAAGAAGGUGGCCUCCUUCAGCUACGGGAGCGGACCGCACGUCCUGCUGGCUACUGAGAGCGGAGAGCUGUACGCCUGGGGCCACAAUGGCUACAGCCAGCUGGGCAAUGGAACCACCAACCAGUGCGCCUCCCCCGCACUGGUGACCACCAACCUGCAGGGGAAGAGGUUCAAAGAGGUGGCCUGUGGGUCGCACCACUCCCUGGCCCUCACCACCGAUGGAGAGGUGUUUGCCUGGGGCUAUAAUAACUGCGGUCAGGUGGGCUCGGGCUCCACCGCCAACCAGCCCAGCCCCCGGCGCGUGGCGGGCCUCCUGCAGGGCAAGGCGGUGGUGGGCGUGGCCUGCGGACAGACCUCCUCCCUGGCCCUGGUGGACAACGGCGAGCUCUACUCCUGGGGGUACAACGGGAACGGCCAGCUGGGUCUGGGGAACAACGGGAACCAGCUGUCGCCCUGCAGGCUGACCGCGCUGCAGGGGUUGUGUGUACAGCAGGUGGUCGCUGGCUACGCCCACUGCCUGGCCCUGACUGACGAGGGGGCGCUCUACGCCUGGGGGGCCAACACCUGCGGCCAGCUGGGCACCGGCAACAAGAGCAACCAGCACAGCCCGGUGCAGGUCAUGGCCGAGAAGGAGAGGGUGGUGGAGGUCGCAGCGUGUCACUCCACACACACCUCAGCCGCCAAGACGCAGAGUGGACAGGUGUACAUGUGGGGUCAGUGCCGGGGUCAGUCCGUGGUCCUACCCCACCUGACCCACUUCGUCUCCACCGACGACGUGUUCGCCUGCGUCGCCACGCCUGCCGUCAUGUGGAGGCUGCUGUCCCUGGAGACGGAGGACUUCAUGACCCUCAGCCAGGCCCUGGGCCGGGAGUUCGACAGCCCGGAGACUGCCGACCUCAAGUUCAGCGUGGAGGGGAAGUACAUCUACGUCCACAAGGCGGUGCUCAAGAUCAGGUGCGAUCACUUCCGCUCCAUGUUCCAGUCCCACUGGAGCGAGGACCUCCAGGAGGUGAUUGAGAUCGAGCAGUUCUCCUUCCCCGUCUACCGCUCCUUCCUCCACUUCCUGUACACGGACACCGUGGAGCUACCACCGGAGGACGCCAUCGGCCUACUGGACCUGGCCACCUCCUACUGUGAGAACCGUCUGAAGCGUCUCUGUCAGCAGAUCAUCAAGAGAGGGAUCACCGUGGACAACGCCUUCACCCUGCUGUCGGCCGCCGUGCGCUACGACGCUGAGGACCUGGAGGAGUUCUGCUUCCGGUUCUGUGUGAACCACCUGACCCGGGUCACCCAGACGGCCGCCUUCUGGCAGGUGGACGGCGCCAUGCUGAAGGAGUUCAUCUGCAGGGCCAGCCGCUGUGGGGCCUUCAAGAACUGAAGAGGGGCACUCAGGAAUUCAUGGGCCCUCAAGACCUGAGGGGCCCUCAAGACCUUAGGGGCCCUCAAGAACAGAAAAUGGCUCUCAAGACCUGAGGGGUCCUCAAGAAUUGAGGGGUCCUCAAGACCUGAUGGACCCUCAAGUUCUGAGGGGCCCUCAAGAACUGAAGAAUGGGCCUCAAGACCUGAGAGGUCUUCAACACCUGAGGGGCCCUCAAGAACUGAGAAGAACUGAGGGGUCUUCAAGAACUGAGAGGCCCUCAGGUCCUGAGAAGAUCUGAGAGCCCCUCAAUAACUGAGAAGAACUGAGGGGUCUUCAAGACCUGAAGAAGGGGCCUCAAUACCUCAGGGGCCCUCAACUUAGGGGCCAUCAGGAACUGAGGCCUCCUCUCAGAGUCUCCUCACCUGGUCCAGGACCAGAAGAACAGAGAAACUUUCUAAUUAAGUUCUCAUGAAGGUUCCUUUCUUCUGGUCAGGGGUCGUGAGCUCACCAUGGUUUGAAGGUUUGGAUCUCAUGAACCCCCCCUCUAUAAGAAAGAGAUCCUGUCCAUCUUCUGUAGCUUUAAGUAGUUAUGAGUGAACAUUCCCCUCACAGCUAAGUAAAGCUCAUUCCUGAACUCAUUCCUAAACUCAUUCCUAAACUCAUUCCUGAACUCAUUCCUGAACUCAUUCCUGAACUCAUCCCUGAACUCAUCCUUCAACUCAUCCCUGGACUCAUCCCUAAACUCAUUCCCUGAGCCACAUGGUUUCAGAGUAGAGAACCUGCAGACACUGAGGGAUGUUGAACUGACACUGAAGGGUGUUGAACAAACACUGAAGGGUGUUGAACACGCACUGAUGGGUGUUGAACACACACUGAAGGGUGUUGAACAGACACUGAAGGGUGUUGAACACGCACUGAAGGGUGUUGAACACACACUGGAUUUUG